AGUUUCUGAACAGACUGAGUGUCAGAGAAGAGCGAACACAUCAACUCUAACCUCACUUCCUUCUGCAGGUUCAUGUGACAACCCACUGCUGGCGGUAUCAGUGUUCCCGUGGCACCGAUACAUUGUAACGGCGAGUGUUUCGGGGAGAUGGUGGCGAUGAACAGCGCCGGCUCCGCUAAGGUGCUGCUGAUCCCCGGGGGUGGGAAGCAGAACGGCCUGGAGAUCAGCCGACACAUCUCGGUGGUGUACCCGCCCCGGAGCGGCUCGCAACACGACUCGUCCCCGGCUCAGCCGGCGGCCGGCCACGUCCAUAGGAAAAGGCAGCGGCUCACUCAUCUUAGCCCAGAGGAGAAGGCUUUGCGGAGGAAGCUAAAGAACAGAGUGGCGGCCCAGACUGCCCGAGACAGGAAAAAAGCUCGUAUGUCUGAACUGGAAGAGCAAGUGUUGGAGAUGGAAUCCGAGAAUCAGAAACUGCAAAUAGAGAACCGGCUUCUACACGAGAAGACACACAGUCUGUUGUCCGAGAACCGGAUUCUGCGACAGAAACUAGGCAUGGAAGUUCUGGACACAGAGAAAGAGAAGGUAAGAGACUGAGAGAAACACAGGCGUAACCA